AUACCUCUUCAACGUACCUUACGGUGUUGGGAAACAGGCACUGGACAGAAUGUCCGCGGAUAUGGCAUUUGAACUAAAGCCGAAGAAUGUCUGCGUAGUGUCGAUCUGGCCAGGUGCAGUUCGCACAGAGCUUAUAACCACUAUGAUGGAAUCAAGAAAAGAUGAGGUGCGGUUGAGUCCUUUCCUUUUUUUAUUCUUCAAUUAAUU